UUGGAGCUAACCCAGAAGCAGAUGGACCAGCCUUUUGUUGCCCGGAAGCACCCUGAGUCCAGAGGCCCUUUUUUUUUUUUUUUUUUUUUUUUUUUUAAUGGUGCCUCAGUCAGACAGCCCUAGAAUUUAGAUCCUGGGGCCAGAAUAAGAUCAAGAAUCCUGGCAGCUCAAGCUGCCUCAGCUGCCCCUUGGGUGGGUACCAUGGCCAUAGCUGAGUGCCAGUGGUGCUGUCCCAACUGGCUCUGUUUACAGAACUGAUAGCUGGAGCCAGGGACUGGGUCUGAGCAGCGUUUUCCCUACCCCUCUGGCCCCUUCUAGAGGCUGAGGACAAGGUCAGCACCACGGACAGCCCCAAGGUCCAGCCUGCCUUUCAAGUGCCUGAGAAGAGAUCUGGACUAGUCUGGUCUGGGGACCCGCCUCUCGUCCCUGCUGGCUAUCCUAAGUGGUUGAAGGGCUUCUGUGUCUCCCAGAGCAAUCUUUAUGCCCCAACCCGGCUUCUCACUUUCUUGAGUCGGGUGUCACUUCCAGCCAUGCCAAGUCCAGUGCCCUGAGGUGCGCCUGCUCGGGGUCUCGCAGCCGCUAUAGGUCGGACUUGAAGCCGCGGCCGUCAUUGCUCUACAAUCAGUGCAUGUUCCUUGCUGACGUCAUUCGGUGCUGUCCUGGCGCUAUAUAAGGCUGGCGGCGGUCCCGGGACAGACCCCGUGUUCCCCAAGGCGCCCUCAGCCCGCCCCGAGGGACAGAGACUGGAGCUUGGUCCUGCACGGAGCAGACGCUCUCCCGCAAACUGGCCGGUGGCACCAUGAGGCCGGCGGGACUUGCUGCGCUGCUGGCGGCCCUUCUGCUUCUGGCACAGCUGCGUCCGGGGAGCAGCCAGUGGAGCCCAGAGGCGGCCGUGGCCGGGGUCCAGGACCCGAGUCUGCGCUGGAGUCCCAGGACGCAGAAGCACGGCGGCAGCGGGGCCCGCGCCCUCCUCUUGUUGCUGGCCGAGCGCUUCCCACGCCGCGCAGGGCAGGGCCGGUGGGGAUCCGGGGCCGCAAGUGAGCGGCCGCGACGGGACGACCCUCCGCUGUCCAUUGACCUCACCUUCCACCUGCUGCGGACCCUGCUGGAGCUGGCGCGGACGCAGAGCCAGCGGGAGCGCGCCGAGCAGAACCGCAUCAUAUUCGACUCGGUGGGCAAGUGAUCAUCUGGGUCUGGGGCCUGAAACCCUCGACCUGCAUCCCCACCCCCAGGCUGGGCGUGAGGGACUGGAACUGACCUAGUCCCGCGCGGCUAGAGCGGCCUAGAGAUGCCCUGAGCACUCCCCACGAUACUAGUUUUUAAUAAAAGUGCUGAAGAGCCGUUGGCCUCUGUUUGGGGGCUCAGGGAACCACAGCAGGGUGGGAACCUGUGGGAAAGUGGGGCCGCCCAGACCGGAGAGAGGGAACCGGGUACUGCUGGAGGGCUCCGGGAGGACGGCUUUCAGCCAGGUUCCUGUGGUCCCCAUGUCCCCAAGUCUCCUAGGAACUCAAGCCCCAGUACCGCCGCAUCCCCACCCCACCCUCUUCCGUUGGCACUGGGCUCGCGAAUCUGUGCCUGAUAUCAAGGAGAUGCCCAAUAGGGGUUCA